AGAUGGGACCGUCCUGAGCCUGGAGCUGCCUCUACCAGUGCUGCUAGCAGGAUACUACCCUAAUACUUUAGCCACAUUUAAGCUAAAAUGUCCGAUAAGGAGGAAGAACAGGGUCCGAAAAGUACCUUUUCCACCUAUAUGGCGGAAGGUGACCAACUCUUUCACAAGCGAGAAUAUGCCAAGGCCAUUGAAAGCUACUCCACGGCUCUAACAUUACAGCCGGACGACAAGAACUGCUUGGUUGCCAGAUCGAAGUGCUAUGUGAAAAUGGGGGAUUCAGAGAACGCACUGAAGGAUGCAGAGGAUUCCCUCAAAGAGGACAAGAACUUUUUCAAGGGUUUGUAUCAGAAGGCAGAGGCUCUUUAUACCAUGGGUGACUUUGAGUUUGCGCUGGUCUUCUACCACCGUGGCCACAAACUGCGUCCAGAGCUGCAGGAGUUCAGGUUGGGCAUACAGAAAGCUCAGGAGGCCAUCACCAACUCUGUGGGCAGUCCCUCGUCCGUGAAACUGGAGAAUAAGGGUGAUCUCUCCUUCUUCCAUAAAACCGAUGAGCUGAAGAAAGUUCGACCAAAGCCUUUGAUCCAUUCUGUGAAGAAGGAGUCGAGACAGCAAGGCCAGAAGACACCGAAGAGUGAGAGAACAACAAAGCAGCUACUGGGAGAGCUGUACACGGACAAAGAGUACCUGGAAAAACUGCUCAAAGAUGAAGAUCUAAUAAAAGGAAAGACGCGUGGCGGCGAGCGGCUGCAGGAUGUCAUCUUGAACUGUAUUUCGUAUUUGGACACGCGGACUGAAUUCUGGUGGCAACAGAAGCCCAUCUAUGCCCGGCAGCGAGACCGAAAGCUUCUGCGGGAGCAGUGGAACCGCGCCCGUCACCUCCCUCCCUCUGACCCCACCUGCUACAUCCUUAAAAACCUGGAGGAGAUUGACGCAGCACUGAGUGCAGGCAAUGCAAACGGCAGCCUGAAAAAGGCUCGGGACGUCUUGAAGACCGUGCAGGGCUGGUCUGAGGAGGCUUUGCCCAAUAAGAGCGAGGUGCUGGGAAACCUAUACAGUUGCAUUGGUAAUGCUCUGAUGGACCUGGGAGACAUGGACAAGGCGUUAGACAACCACCUGAAAGACCUGGAGCUGGCCCAACAAAGUAAAUUAGUGGACAGUAAGUCCAGGGCUCUGGACAACAUCGGCCGAGUGUAUGCACGUAUUGGCAAAUUUCAACAAGCCAUAGAAGUCUGGGAGGAAAAGGUACCUUUGGCGCGAGGAGGUCUGGAGAAAGCCUGGCUGUUCCAUGAGAUAGGCCGCUGUUACCUGGAGCUGAAGCAUCACAUGGAGGCCAGAGAUUACGGCACUCGCUCUCUUAGUGCUGCAGAUGACAUCAGUGAUGAGAAAUGGCAGCUCAAUGCAAGUGUGCUGGUGGCACAGGCUGAGUUGAAACUGGGUAACUAUAAAGCCAGUGUGUUACACUUUGAGAGGGCAUUGGACCGGGCUAAACUGCUGCAGGACGAUGCUGCCAGAGAUGCCAUACAGAAGGCUCUUCGUGAGACGAGGCAGCAAGUGACACAGUGAGAGGAAAGUCUGUUUGCUUUCCCCUUCUGAUGGACUUUUCUGUGACUAAAUCAACUCUGAAGGCAAAUCUAAACCAACAAAUCCUAACUGCUCUUCAUAUUCACACUUCCGAACACUGAAAUAAAGCCUGUGUGGAGAAGAUA